CUUCUUCUUUUUGCCAUCUUAACCGCGGUAGAUCUUUAUCAGAAACACACGUUAAGUCUUUUGAUAAUUCUUCUAAACACGAGUUACGAACAAUACACUGUUUAAAAUGGCGUGUAAAUUAGUAAAUUAAUGCAAAACAGAAAGGAAGUUUAGUUAAUUAACCAUUUAGUAAUAUCCUUUUCUUACACGGUAAUUUUUUUCCUCUCCUAUUAAGUGAAUGUAAGCAUGUAAGACACCGGCGCCUAUGUUGUAAUUUGAUACAGAGAAUCCAAACCUACUUAAGAAGUCCUCAUUUGGACGAAUAUGAGGCUUCCUUAAGAGGAAAAAUGGCUUUUCUUAUUCUUUUUGGCCAUUGUUUUUUGUAAGUAACAUGACUUUUAGAUUGCUAUUGUUAUCCUAGCGCGAUCGAAACGAGUCGAAGUAACCAAGCGCGUUAUUACCAACCAGGACAGAUUACCUUUUAAUUUUAUCUAAUUAUAGUUGGCAAAGCUUCGAAGCCAAUAUGUUAUUUUCGAUAUUGUAAUGAGUUUUGGCAUCUUUAAAUCAUUUCUCACUCUACAAAUGUUUGUGGACGUCAUAAAAAAAAAGAAGAGGGGAGAAAAACCAAGAUAAUUAUGAUUAAAGAAGAAAUUAAAGCAGCAGAACUUUAUUGUCAUUAUUAAAAAUUAGAAAUGGAAGAUAGAAUGAGUCCGGUUUAAUUAAAUGGGAACGGCCACUCACCUGCAGACCCUCUAAUGCGAUGAGUAAGAUAGACUAAUAUCUUCACGCCUGUUAAUAUAUCCAGGCAUCUGAAACGUGGUUACGAUAACACAAUAUUGAUGGAAAGUGACGUUACUUAUCAGAUAUUUUUGGAAAAAAAUGUGGGCGGAGGAAGAGGCGUUGUUCGGGAUUGCCCAUGUAGACCUACAAUUUGUUUUUUUUUUCUUUCUUUCUUCAAUGGGAGUUUUUCUUGGAAAUUUACAUCUUUAGUCUCAGUUUGCACUUCAUAUACUAAAAAUACCUCAGCAAUUUAAGUGGAAUAACGAAUUGCAAUGUUACACUACAAAUUAGUAUGCUUUUAAUGUAAUAAAACUAGAGCUACUGGCAUUUAAACGAAUCAAAGGCGGCUAAAGUUAAACUUAUAUAAUUUUGAAAACUUUUUAAUCUACUUUCUAAUCAAAGAAUUCCGAACUGCACCACGCAAACGCCCGAAGAAUAAAUCUUAUAGUUUCUGGUUAGUCCAGCCAUUCCAGCACCAUUCAUCACUUACUAUCAUUUAUCAAAAGAGGUGCUUCAGAAUGUCAGAUGGGGUUCAUUCACACCCUCAAAGAUAGAACACUACAUCGAUUCGAUGUUUGUGUGAUUUCCAGAAUAUGGUUCAUAACACAAUGCCAGACAAUCGAAUGAACUUUAGGCCCUUUGCUCUACCUGUAGAGGCAAUCUACUGACUCCUGGAACCUGUUAGGUAACUUUUUCGGACAGCUGCCGAUGCUUCUUCGCUCUUCGUUGUUUUCGGCGGCCAUAUUCUAUGCACGUAUCCAUCACACAAGUUAAUUAGACUGAUUGGUGGUGAUCGGAAUGCACCUUUACCAAAGGAUAUCUAUUUUGCUCCAGGAAUAAUCUUUAAGGAUCCACUCUUUUGAUGAGAGCUAUUUAGAAGUAUAAAGACCUGUCCACAUUCACCUUAUGUCUCUGUGGACAGGAGACAUCCAUGUGGGGACUGGCAUUCAACUGCCUACCUACAAGGUGACAAUGGAAACUGAAUCGGUCAGAUCCGGUCACAGCGAACAAUCGUCAAGAUCUCGAAGGAGCAGAGGUCAUAGCAGUCAUGGAGGAGGCUCUCAUCAUCACAGUCACAGAAACAGGAGUACCGGAUCCGGAAAGCACUCUCUCAGGUCUAACCGAUCCGGAAACAAGGAGGAGAGUGGAGAAGAAAGAACGGAAACUGGAGAAGUUAUCGAAGUGCAAAUACUAUCGCAGGACGAUAACUGGGGUGAUAAUACUACCGCCAUUACCGGAAACACCAGCGAAAGAUCGGCUUCGGUGGAUGACAUAUCCAAAUUCGGACGCGAUUUCGAACAAGGUUUGGCAUUUCGGUGCCAAAUGUGGAUGGGGACAAUCAUAGCGGCUCUACUAUCAUUCUGUGCCUUCAUAUCACCCAUAGUUAUGGUAGUGCUACCAAGGAUAGAGAUGUUCGAUUGGAAGAUCGAUCAAUGUGGUCCCGAAUGUGAUGGUUUGCUCAUAAGUUUCUCUUUUAAACUUUUAAUACUCUUAGUCGGUUGUUGGGCAGUGUUUUUCAGGAAACCAAAAGCUACCAUGCCCAGAAUAUUUAUUUUUCGAGCUAUAAUUAUGGCUUUGGUGUUCGUUUUUACCUUCUCGUAUUGGCUCUUCUACGGAGUGCGCUUCCUCGAGAAGAGAACGAAUAGCAGCGGUACUUCUUAUCAGAGUAUCGUGUUGUUUGCCGUAUCGUUGGUGGACGCUCUGCUCUUCAUACAUUACUUAGCCGUGAUUCUUAUGGAAAUUAGACAAUUGCAACCCCAUUAUUUUGUCAAAGUGGUACGAUCGCCCGAUGGCGAGAGCCAUUGCUAUAACAUGGGACAGCUCAGCAUACAAAGAGCUGCCGUAUGGAUUUUAGAACGAUACUACCAAGAUUUUAGUAUUUAUAAUCCGUAUUUAGAAACCAUUCCCACCAAAACAAGAAAGUCUACUUCAGGCUUCAAAGUCUACGAAGUAGAUGGAAUAGGGAACAAUACAAUCAAUGGACAAACAAGAGCUGUUUUGGCAGCUAAUGCCAGAAGGAGAGACACUAGUCACAACGAAAGGUUCUAUGAAGAACACGAAUACGAAAGACGUGUUAAGAAAAGAAGAGCAAGAUUGAUUACUGCUGCUGAAGAAGCUUUCACACACAUCAAGCGGUUACAAGACGAACAAGGUGAGUAAAUUCUACUAUUUUUAUACCUCCAAAACUCCAAAAAAUUAAUCAAUAAACAAGUUUUUCACAAAAAUCUCUUCCAACAUAUUCAUUGAGUUAAUCGUAUUAAGAAGCCAGCAAAUUAAUCUUUGACCUCGCCUCUAAUUAAUUAUCCUCAGAAUAAAUAUGAAUCAAAAACAUAAGUAAAGAAAUUCAUUAUUAAUAAGGAUUAAAUCAUCUCUUUUAAAUGCAAAUCUCGUUAAUAUGAUUGCUUUAUCAGCAAAAUUUCUAUCUUUCUGCAAAAGAAAACGAGAUCAAAUAUUGUUUCAAGUGAAAAUUUCUAUCCUUUUUUUCUAACCUCCAAAAAUAUAAAGUACUCUUCGGUGCCUAUCGACAGGAAACUGCUUCACUUAAGCUUUACAAAUCUUUAUUUUAUUGCUAGUUCGACGGUUAAAGGAAAUGCUUGGCUUGGAAUUUUCCCUUUUUUACUACUCUACUUUUCAGAUAAGCUCUUUUAUAUAUAUAAACUUAUAUUUCGAUAGUUUCGUCAAAAAUUUUCGAUAACUUAAUUCUAAAAAAAAGAAAGAAAGUUUUAUUUAUUUUAAAAUAUAUUGGAAAGAGUUGAGAUUCCAGCAAUAAAAUCGAUAAAUUCUCAUCAAAUUUUGACAAUAACAUGAUCAGUAAGUGACAAAACAUGUGCAAGAAAGUUUGAAAUCUAUAAAACAUGUUUAUAUCUCGUAAAUAUAGUAUCUUUGGAUGUAAUGGUAGUUUACUACUAGCCAGAAACAUCACGUAAAAAAAUAAGAGAAGUGGACUGGCGACAGGUAAAAAAUGAUACCAUUAUACAACAGAAUGUGGAUAAAGUAGAUUUGUGGCAUAAUUUAUUAUUUUGGGAGCGGGAGAGGUUAUUUAAUUCCCAAUAACAACUUUUCGAAGAAUGUAUUCAGUCGUAAAGUCUUUAUAUUUAAUGUUUCAUCGAAAUUUAUCACUAUUGUUUGCCACAAAUGAAAAUUAACAAGGUUGUUAAUUUGCUACACUUGUUCAAUCGACGACCUCCUCAAGAGAAGAAUUCUAAUUAAGAAAUCUUCCAGAUAAACAUGUUUAAAUUCUAAACACGAUCGUACUGAUUGAUGUUACAACUUUAUACUAAAUUCUAACUU